AUGGAAUUCGAAGGAAGUGAAAAUGGUUCAGUAGUAACUCAAGUCAGUUUUGGUGGAUUUCAGCAUCAUGUUAGGGCAAAAGAUCUUGUAACCUACUUGGAAGAUGAAAUUGGGGUUGUAUAUAGGUGUAGGUUAAAAACUUCUUGGACCCCUCCAGAGUCCUUCCCAAAUUUCGAGAUCAAUACUGCAGAUGUUAAAAGAACAGAUGAUUAUAGCAGGGUGGAGCCCCAUGCAUUUGUGCAUUUUGUAUCACCUGAUUCAGUAACUUUUGCUAUGGAUGCAGCAGGCCGAAGUGAACUUUUUUUGAACAAUGAACCAUUGAAAGUAAGUAUGGGCCUUGAGAAUCCAUAUUUUUUGAACAGGAGGAGGAGGACCAAAACUCCAUUCAAGUUAUCUGAUGUGCAUGUUGAGAUUGGAAGUUUAGUUCGCCAAGAUGAGUUUUUUGUUUCUUGGAGAGGACCUCCUUAUGGGGUGGAUUUUAUUGUGGAUCCUUUUGAUGGAACGUGCAAGUUUUGCUUUACAAUGGACACUGCAUUUUCAUUUAAAGGGACAAAGAAGCUUGCAGUGAUUAAAUGUGAUUUUAAGGUGGAGUUCUUGGUAAGAGAAAUCGCUGAAAUCAAACAAUACACAGACACCUCAUAUCUUGUGAUUCUGUUGCGGCUGACAUCAUCACCCUGGGUUUCAUAUAGAACUGCUGAUGAUGACAUUGACCAAUCAGUCCCAUUCGAUUUGUUGGAUGAUGAUGAUCCUUGGAUUAGAACCACAGAUUUUACUCCUAGUGGGGCCAUUGGGCGUUGUAAUUCUUACAGAGUUUUAAUACCACCCCGCCAUGGUGCGAAGUUGAAGAAGGCCAUGAAUUAUCUUAGAGAACGAAGGGUGAAGGAGGUUUGCAUCAAAUGGCCACCUAGGAUUCAGGAUGAACCUGAUUUUGGAAUGUCUAAUGCAGAGCCUUUCUUCAGUAUUCAGUACGAGGAAGAUAUUUCCUUUGAGAUAAUGUUCUUGGUUAAUGCAGUAAUGCACAAGGGCACUGUUAAUCAGCACCAGUUGUCAGACAGUUUCUUUCAUUUACUGAGGAGCCAACCAAAGGAGAUCAAUGUGGCUGCAUUGAAGCACCUGUGUUCUUACAGAAACCCAGUUUUUGACGCAUGUGAGAGGCUGAAAGUUGUCCAAGAUUGGUUGCUGAAGAAUCCCAAGCUUGUCAAGGAUCCUCCUAAACGGUUGGAUGAUAUUGUUGAAGUUAGGAGGUUGGUCAUCACCCCAACUAAGGCCUAUUGUCUUCCGCCCGAGGUUGAACUAUCCAAUAGGGUUCUUAGAAAAUACAAGGAAGUUGCUGAUCGGUUUUUAAGGGUUACCUUUAUGGAUGAAGGCAUGCAGAAAAUUAAUUCCAAUGUUCUGAACUACUAUGUUGCUCCUAUUGUAAAGGAAAUCACGUCAAAUUCCUUUUUACAGAAAACAAAUGUGUUUAAAAGGUUUAGGAACAUUCUGAAUGAUGGAUUUUACUUAUGCGGUCGUAAGUACACUUUCCUGGCCUUCUCAUCCAAUCAAUUGAGAGACCGUUCUGCCUGGUUCUUUGCUGAAUGUGUGAACAUUAGUGUCGGCAACAUCACAAGUUGGAUGGGGAAGUUCAACAACAAAAAUGUAGCAAAAUGUGCUGCUCGGAUGGGUCAGUGUUUUUCGUCUACAUAUGCAACUGUAGAAGUUCCAUCAAGCGAGGUAAAUGACAUUCCAGAUAUUGAGAGGAAUGGGUAUGUUUUUUCGGAUGGGAUUGGUAUGAUCACUCCUGACCUUGCACUGGAAGUUGCAGAGAAAUUGAAAUUGGACAGAAAUCCACCUUGUGCAUAUCAAAUAAGAUUUGCUGGCUGUAAGGGGGUUGUGGCUUGUUGGCCAUCCAAAGGCGAUGGGUUCCGGCUUUCUUUGAGGACUAGCAUGAACAAGUUUGAGUCAAAGCAUACGACAUUGGAAAUCUGUUCUUGGACUAGGUAUCAGCCAGGUUUCUUAAAUAGGCAGAUUAUAACGUUGCUUUCAACACUGAAAGUUGAAGAUGAAAUAUUCUGGAGGAUGCAGGAGAAGAUGGUUCUCAAAUUAAACCAGAUGCUCGUGGACACGGAUGUGGCAUUUGAUGUACUCACUUCAUCCUGCGCUGAGCAAGGAAAUGCGGCAGCUAUAAUGUUGAGCGCAGGUUUCAAGCCCCAGACAGAACCUCAUCUACGAGGCAUGUUAACCUGUAUACAAGCCGCACAACUUUGGGGCCUUAGGGAAAAGGCUAGGAUUUUCGUCCAUUCUGGGAGAUGGCUUAUGGGCGUUCUUGAUGAGCUAGGAGUACUUGAGCAAGGUCAGUGCUUUGUCCAAGUGUCGACCCCAUCGCUAGAGAGCUGUUUUGCAAAGCAUGGCUCUAGUUUUGAUCAGAUAGAGAGGAAUCUUCAAGUGAUUAAAGGAUACGUUGUGAUAGCAAAGAAUCCUUGCCUUCAUCCUGGAGAUAUAAGGAUUCUUGAAGCAGUUGAUGCCCCAGGUUUGCACCACUUAUAUGAUUGCCUUGUUUUCCCUCAAAAGGGUGAUAGGCCCCACACGGAUGAAGCUUCUGGAAGUGACCUAGAUGGGGACCUCUACUUUGUCACAUGGGAUGAAAAUCUUAUUCCUCCAAGUAAGAAGAGCUGGAUGCCUAUGCAGUAUGAUCCUGCAGAAGCCAAACGUCAGGGGCGUCCUGUUACUCAGCAGGAUAUAAUAGAUUUUUUUGUGAAAAACAUGACGAAUGAGAACCUAGGGCCGAUAUGCAAUGCACAUGUGGUUCAUGCUGACCGCAGUGAUUAUGGGGCUUUGGAUGAGAACUGCCUUAAACUAGCUGAGUUAGCAGCAUUAGCAGUUGAUUUUCCGAAAACUGGGAAGAUUGUUACCCUACCACAGCACCUAAAGCCAAGGUUGUACCCAGAUUUCUUGGGUAAAGAAGACAACCAGUCAUACAAGUCAACUAAAAUUUUGGGGAGACUCUAUCGCAAGGUUAGAGAUGCGUAUGAUGAAGAUGCUGCAACCACUUCUGAGCUACAUUAUGUUCCCAGUGACAUCCCAUAUGAUAUGGAUCUUGAGGUUCCUGGAGCGGCUGAUUUUAUAUUUGAUGCAUGGGAGAAAAAGUGCUCGUAUGAUGGUCAGCUGAAGGGUCUAAUGGGACAAUAUAAAGUCAAGAGGGAAGAAGAGAUAGUUACUGGGCAUGUUUGGUCAAUCCCCAAGUCCAACAGCAAGAAGCAAGGGGAGCUGAAAGAGCGGCUGAGUCAUUCUUACAAUGCUCUGAAAAAAGAAUUUAGGCAAAUGUUUGAGAACUUGGAUUCAAAUUUGGAGGCUCUUACUGAUGAUGAGAAGAAUAUAUUGUGUGAGAAGAAGGCCUCAGCAUGGUAUCAGGUAACUUACCACCCUAAAUGGGUGAAACAAUCACCGCCUUUGCAAGAGCCAGAUGGUCCUGGAGAUGUUGUGGUGAUGUUGAGUUUUGCAUGGAUCGCAGCUGACUACCUUGCCCGAAUCAAGAUUAAGUGCCGCGGAGUGGAACAUAUUGACUCUACAAAGCCAAUCAACUCUUUGAAGAGGUACCUUGCUGAUCGGAUAUGA